UUUGUCUCAUUUGUUAAAAUCUCAUUUACACAUCCUCAUAAAUUCAGGGAUUUAACUUUUCAGGAUAAACUUUUAAAGUUCACUAUGAUCUGAAUUCUGAAGUAAAAAGGUAUUCAUAUGAUCAAUUAUCCAAAUGGAGUCUCUCCAUCAAUGUUAUUAGUUUUAUGUACUGAAUUGUUUCAUAAAUGAUAAAUACAAUAUAGAAGAAAUGGCAGAAGUGAAAAAUGUUGAAGUUUCAGCUCAUCAGCAAAUUACUGCUGCCUGUUGUGGUGCUUUCAUCACCUCCAUAUUCAUGACACCCCUGGAUGUUGUGAAGGUGCGGUUACAAGCUCAGCAGAAAGAGCUGCUCAACAGACGUUGCUUUCUUUAUUGCAAUGGAUUAAUGGAUCACAUUUGUUCCUGUCACCCUUCUCCCUCUCACACACAGAAGCAAUGGUACUCACGUGCACUGCCAGGGCCCAUAAAUGGGACAAUGGAUGGACUCAUCAAAAUUAGUCGCCAUGAAGGAUUAUCAUCAUUAUGGUCAGGCCUACCAGCCACUCUGGUAGUUGCUGUGCCCAACACAGUUCUGUACUUCACAACAUAUGAGCAGGUGCGAUUCUUGCUGAAGUACAAGAUGAACUGCGACCAGUGGUGGACAGCUGGUGCUGCUGGUGGAGUGGCCAGGGUUUGGUCAGUGACAGUGUGCUCCCCAUUUGAGCUCGUCAGAACCAAACUUCAGGCUGCAAAAAUUUCAUAUGCUGAUUUACUGAGAAGCAUGAAGCAAGAGCUGCGCAGAGAAGGCGUGCUAUCGCUUUUCAGAGGUUGGGACGCUACAGUGCUGAGGGAUGUGCCGUUUUCCAUGCUGUACUGGGCGACCUACGACAACCUCAAGAAAGCCGCGCACCAACAAGAGCAGCCUGCUGUGCCCUUCACCCUUCUUGCUGGCUCUAUUGCUGGAGGGGUAGCUGCUGCCAUCACCCUGCCAUUUGACGUAGUCAAGACACACAGACAAAUAGAAAUCGGUGAGCAGGAGUUGUUUCCAGCCUCAGGAUCAGAUGGAAGAAGAGCGUCAAGGUCAACACUGCAGCAUCUGCGUUCUAUCUACCAGCAGCAGGGCGUGCCGGGGCUCUUCUCGGGGCUGUCACCCCGACUUGUUAAAGUCAUGCCUGCUUGUGCCAUCAUGAUAUCUACUUACGAGUACAUCAAGAGCCAUGCCAGAUAGUUUAUGCUCUCAAAUAUAGUUAUUUUCUAUGUGAAUGAUUGGGAUUUCUGGCACUAUCGUUUUGACUCGUACUUGCCUAAGACGUAACGUCAAGAGUCAUACGAGAUGGUUUAUGCCUUCAAAUAUAGUUAUUUUUUAUGUUAAUGAUGGUUGAAGAUUGUAAGUGAUGUCAUUAUCCUUUUGACUUGUGCAUGCUUGACGCGUAAUAUCAUGUACUGUUAGGAGUGUAGUCUCACUGUUCGUAAAUUUUGCGCGCAAAAAAGUGAUAAUUCCAUACUUGGCAUUAUGUUUCUGAAACGUAAACUGUGCUGUCAAGCUAUCGUAAAAUUUGUUGUAUGUAUUAUUAUGCCUAUGGUCCUAAUUACGUAGUGCAUGUUUCGAUUCUGUCGUUUAACUCGUGCAAUUAUUAAUUAUUUUGUCCUGGCUACUAAAGGUCAGAAGAAAGAAGACAGCGAACUUAGAAAGUUAAAUUUUUCCUUGUUGAGUGUUGAGCACCUUCGUGAUCUUGAAUUGCAACCGUGAAUGUUCUGUAAUAAUUAUUGUUGGGUAGUUUCUUCACUUGGUAAUUUACACGAAGCAUAUGUAAAGGGAAGUAUACAAUUCACACGAA